AUGGAUUUUUCGGUGGAGUCACCCGAUGUUGGUCACCGGAAAACCCAAUACACAAUCAAAACAAAGAAUGUUUCAUAUGUCGUAUCUCCGACAUCUUGUAAAUUUGGCUGGAUUUUCCAGAAAAAGGUGAAUCCCACCUUAAAGAAGCAGAUUCUUAGAGACGUCAAUUGUGAAGUGAAGCCAGGAGAAAUCACGGCAAUUGCUGGUCCAAGUGGCGCCGGAAAGACCACAUUGCUCGAGGUUCUCGCCGGAGUUAUUCCUCCGUGCAGAGUCUCCGGUCAUGUGCUUGUAAACGACCGGCCGAUGACCCCGACCGUUUUCCGGCGAGUAUCGGGAUACGUAACUCAAGAAGAUUUACUGUUUCCGCUUCUUACAGUCGAAGAAACCCUACUCUAUAGCGCUCGUUUACGUCUUCACGGUGGAAUCGACAACUCAAAAGCUCGAGUUCAAGAAUUGCUGGUGGAGCUAGGGUUAUGCCAUGUUGCCGGAGAACGAAUCGGUGGCGGCAGCCACCGCGGGAUUUCUGGCGGCGAAAAACGCCGGGUGUCAAUCGGUGUCGAUCUGGUUCACAAUCCAUCCGUUUUACUAAUGGACGAGCCCACAUCUGGACUUGACUCGGGUGCAGCUCUUCAAGUCAUCUCAAUGCUCAAAUCAAUGGCUGAAAAUCACCAAAAAACAAUCGUUUUAACAAUCCACCAACCCGGGUUCAGAAUUCUCGAACUAUUCGAUCAAAUCAUGUUGUUAGCCGAUGGAACCAUGGUUCACCACGGCUCACUUGAUUCCCUUGACCACCGGCUCAAGUCCGCGGGCCACCACAUCUCCCGCCAAGUCAACGUCCUCGAGUUUUCAAUCGACGUGAUUGAAACCCUAAUCCCAGAAUCAAAAACUUUCGAUCUCAUCGAACCAAAACCGGAAUCCGAUUGCAUAAUUCAAGAUUGUCAUUUACAGUACGCGAAUAGCCCGCUCAGUGAAAUAGCAAUACUGAGCGAGCGAUUCGCGUACAACAUUUUCCGAACGAAACAACUUUUCGUCACGAAAAUCUUCCAAGCUUCCCUAGUUGGGAUUCUACUCGGUACGAUCUUCCAAAACAUUAAGCAAUUUCAAAUGCAAACCCAAAUCGGGUUUUUAGCAUUCAAUUUAACGUUUUUACUCUACUCAUCAUCCGAAGCUCUCCCUAUUUUCUUACAAGAACGUAGGAUUCUAAUGCGGGAAACAUCUAUCGGUGCAUACCGGGUUUCAUCUUACUCUAUCGCGAAUACUCUCGUGUUCAUCCCGUUUCUUUUUAUUGUGGCACUGUUAUACACCAUCCCGACUUAUUGGCUAGUUGGAUUGAGAGCCCAAUUAGACGGGUUUUCUCAAUUUUUGCUAAUCGUUUGGUUGGUUUUACUCAUGUCGAAUUCUUUUGUGGCAUGCUUUAGUGCACUUGUUCCCAAUUUUAUGAUCGGGAUCUCGGUGGUUGCGGGGUUAAUGGGGUCGUUCUUUUUGUUUUCGGGGUAUUUUAUAUCGAAAAAUGAUAUACCGAGGUACUGGAUUUUCAUGCACCAUUUGAGCUUAUUUCGGUAUCCAUUUGAGUGUUUUUUGUUGAAUGAGUUUGGGGGGUCGCAGGGGAGAUGGCGGUGUCUUGAGCGGUUGGAUGGCGGGUGUUUGGUUUCCGGUGAAGAUUUCUUGAAGAAGGAGAAUUUGAAGGAGGUGCAGAAAUGGUAUAAUUUGGGAAUGAUGUUGGUGUUCAUCAUUGGGUAUCGGUUUCUUUCGUUAUUGGUGUUAAGUUAUAGAUCUUACAGGAGCGGAAACUAG